UCGACCGGUGGCUGUUUUCACGACAGACGUCAACCAGAACGACGUUUCUGUACGGCGGUAACGUUGAAGUGGCAAAUUGAGUGCCUGAUGGUGAUAUCGCGCUGUCCGGAAAAGUAGGUCCAUGAAAGAGAAAAUGAAAAAAACAAGAAGUUGCCAUGUAGGGUAACAUAUCAAAAAAAAAUAGAAGGAAAAUGUCUGGCUGUUCAGGAGCUUCUAGAGAUGGGAUGUGAACGUUGAAUAAGUGACCUCAGAAAACAGCAGUUAAUGAUUAGUUAAGUGUGAGAUGCUGUGCUGAUAGGUGCAGCCACUCCAGUUUUUAUUGCGUUGUGCUUCUUUGGUGGUUGAUAUUUCCUUUCUAUGUGGUGGGGCUUGGACACUCAACUUAUAUUCUGAGGGGCACAGAAAGCAAGAACAAAAAAGAGCAGCAACCUCAAAGACUACCAAUAAGCAGCUGAAGAGACUGUUUGUGAAUCAACGUGAAGGAAACACAUUAUGUUCAAUGCGACUGGCUGGUGUAUUUUGUAUAAAUCAUACUGACUGAGCCCUAUAAAGCUGAAAUUCACCCAUCAGGGACCUGAGAGACAGAAUGUACCUGUAAUGGCUGUGCAAUUCAACUCAGAGACCAAGGGUUAGGCACAUUGCCAGUACUCAUGGACUUUAUUGUGUUGCUCAUAACUCAGUAAAGAUCCACUUACGCCGUGUCCUUUGUGUCAUAAGCUAUCAAAGAAUCUGUGAGAUUGCACAUGUCUCCUGCAUAAUACAGCAAGUAACGGGGGAAUAGCACAUGCAACUUGUGUCUCUUGUAUAGGCGUACCAUGGAGAACAAAAUUAAUGUGGAUAUUAAGAAAGAAGACUCUGAAUGGGAAUCUGAGCAACAUCAGACAAAUAUUUAUGGACUUCAGGUGGAGGAGAAUUGUAAGUGGAGACCAACGGUCAUUAAAGAAGAGUCUGAAUCAGCAUCUGAACCUAGUGACUUCAAAAAAAGUGACAUUGUAAUCCAUGUCAAGGCAGAAGAGGUUAAAUCGGAGUCUGUACUUCAGAAUGUGUGUCCACAUGAAGAUCUAACUGGAAAAGGCCUAGUGAAAAGUAGACCUCCAGCCCUCCAGAAUCAUUCUGCCCAGGUGAAGACGGAAUCUUUGGAUUCUGAGGUGAAAGAGGCUGAGAAAGCAUCGUUUUCAACGUAUUCUGGAGAAGAUUCUGCAGAAGAAAAUGUCACCCUCUCCGCUUCAUUUCUUGAGACUUCUCUUCACUCUAGAACACAUCAAAAUGAAAACGUAGAAAAAAUGACAUCAAUAAGGAUAGACGCAAACGACAGUCAACAACAGGUUCAUGACACAAGUUCAGCCCCUUUGUAUGUUGGUCAAGAGCAGAGGAGAACUACACAAAAAUCUAAACAUCAUGGAGAAAAGCUGUCCUGUUCUAAAUGUAGAAAAGAAUUCUCUGACCAUGACAGUCUUUAUUUGCAUAAAAAAAUUCACAGUGGGGAAAAGCCAUAUUGCUGUUCUGACUGUGGAAAACAAUUCUUACGAAGAGGCCAUCUUGAGGCCCACACAAGAAUUCAUACUGGAGAGAAGCCAUACUGCUGCAAUGAUUGUGGCAAACGGUUCUCCAAGAAUAGCAAUCUGCAGACCCACAAAAGAAUUCAUGCUGGGGAGAAACCAUAUUGCUGUUCCGAAUGUGGUAAACAGUUUUCUGCAAAACGCAGCCUUCAGUUACACACAAGAAUUCACACUGGUGAGAAGCCAUAUUGCUGCACUGAAUGUGAUAAGCAAUUCUCACAAAGAGGCUAUCUUCAAAAACACAUGAUAAGUCACAGUGGAGUGAAACCAUAUUGUUGCUGUGAAUGCGGCAAACGAUUUAUCACCAAUAGUCAUCUUCAGAUUCACAGAAGAAUUCAUACUGGGGAGAAACCAUUUCACUGUUCCGACUGUGGCAAACUAUUCUCACAAAGAGGCGGUCUUCAGAACCAUGCAAGAAUUCACACUGGAGAAAAGCCAUAUUGCUGCUCUGAAUGUGGUAAGCAGUUUUCUGCAAAAUUCAACCUUCAGUUGCACACAAGAAUUCACACUGGGGAGAAGCCUUACUGCUGUUCUGAAUGUGGUAAACAAUUCACCACCAGUCGUCAUCAUCAGAUCCAUGCAAGAAUUCACACUGGAGAGAAACCAUACUGCUGUUCUGAUUGUGGCAAACAAUUCUCACGACGAGGCAAUCUUCAGACUCAUAGAAGAAUUCACACUGGAGAAAAGCCAUAUUCUUGUUCUGACUGUGGCAAACGAUUCUCACAAAGAAUCAAUCUUCAGACUCAUGCAAGAACACAUGCAGAAGAGAAGCCAUAUUUGUGCUCUGAAUGUGGCAGACAAUUCUCUAAAAAACUUGAACUUCAGUUACACACCAGAAUUCACAAUGGGAAGAAGCCAUACUUUUGUUCUGAAUGUGGUAAACAAUUCACCACCAGUCGUCAUCAUCAGAACCAUGCAAGAAUUCACACUGGAGAGAAACCAUAUUGCUGCUCUGAUUGUGGGAAACAAUUCUUACGAAGAGGCAAUCUUCAGACUCACAGAAGAAUUCAUACUGGCGAGAAGCCAUAUGCCUGCUCUGAAUGUGGCAAACAGUUCUCACAAAGAGUCAACCUUCAAACUCAUGCAAGAAUUCACACUGGAGAGAAACCAUUUUGCUGCUCUGAAUGUGGCAAACAAUUCUCAAAAAAAUGCAGACUUCAAUUACACGCAACAAUUCACACUGGUGCAAAGGAAAAAAAUCAGAUGAAGUGUGUAUAAUGGAUGUUUCAGGUCCAAAUGAGUAUUCAGUGCUAAAAAAAGAGAGGUAAAAAGAACUAAGUACCAUAAGAUGCAAUCAGAUCUAUGCUACAUUAGGAAUUAAAUAGCUGAAUUUGUGUUGUGGUGGUAUUGGAUUGAACAGAACUCAACAAAAGAAACUUUCAGGCCCAUCUUAAUGCCCUAACCACAUCACACUCUAUAUGAAAUACAAAAGAAGGCAUUACUGGGGACAACACAGGUAACUACACCAAGCCUUUACUGGAAACUCACAGAAAAAACAAAAAUAGAGUGCUACAUCACAUCAUAACUAAAGAGUGGGAUUCACUCCUGUUUUACAGUUAGCUUACCAAACCCUUUAGGAGAGUGUGAGAGAAGCCAUGCUGCUUAUUCUGAAUGUGGCAAAUAAGACUUCACUAGUAGCAGAGUUUAGAGACACAAAAUAAUUCACACAGAAGAGAAUAAAUUCAGAACUAAGCAGACAAACAUAAUGGAAUACACUAGAAAAAUAAUUAUGAUGUAGAAAUGAAUUGGAUUCAAAAAAGAGCAUAAUAACGAAUGUUGCUUUAACAGCAAAAAAGGAGCAGUGAUGUGUGAGAUUAAAAAAGCACAGCUGAUUGAAAGUAGCAGUGAUGUCACAAACAGUUGUGCACAGAUUAUACAGGCAUCAUGAGAGACGAUGAUCUCUUAUAACAUACAAGGAAAGACUAGAAAAAGAAAAGAUCGAAAACACUGCCAACAUAUGUACAGUAAGAAAUGGUGGAAAAAAAGAAAAAGCAAGGGGCACACUUAAAAAAGUAGGAACACCAUCAUCAGUACAGAACAAAGUGAUCCAGGAAAUGAAGGACAGUCUUUUGGAUUUCCUCAAGACAGACAAGCAGAGAGGACGUUACUGAGGAUAUCAUGAAAAUUGCUCCCCUGACACUGUACAAUGGCUGACCCUGCUCUCUGACAUCCAUGGGUCAUACAAAAUGACCGUUUCCCCUGGGGGAUUAAUUCAGUGUACCAAAAAUAAAACUGCACUGGAUACAACCUUAUUGAAUGUUGAUGGAAACAAGCCAUGCUGGUAAGUGAUCAUACAAGCUACACUGAAAUGUGAUAUGUAAAACAAGACACACUAAAGAUGACUCAAUUAAGUGCUCAAAAACAGACUGCUAGAACAUGCAACUAUAACUUUAUUUAUCAGCCUGGGGCAGAUAAAGGUUAGCGUGGACAUCAGUGUCGGAAAAGAACAUGAAUUUACAAUGCGAACAUGACUAGUUGUUUUAACAUUAUCAGUCGUUUGUGGAAUUAUUGUUAAGCCCAUGUGGGGAGAGGACUUUUAAGUAUGGAAUGCAGCACCACUUUAACAAGAAAUCUGCAUCUCCCUUUGAGAUUGGCAGGAUGUAAGUCCUCUUUGGGUAUAUUCAAGCAGCCAGACUUGAAAGGACUCCUUAUUUGUGUUCUUUAAAAAAAGUAUCCUUAAAUAGCACUCUUUUAAAAUA